AAUUCUACUUUCUGUUUUUUUUUUUUUUAUAGAUCUAUCAGACAACAAUAAGACCGUGAAUAAGACUUGAGUAUAGUUAGUCUUGUGCCCUAGCUUCUAGUCUAAUGUAUUCAUUUUGAUAUACUCUACCCUAGCAAGCAUGGCAUCAUCUAUUCAAAAGAAAAGUGGUAUACUGAAGGAAGAGAACAAAACAUUAACUAAAAUGUUACACAUAUUUGAGGAGCAACUGAGACGCUUAAAGGUGGAAGAGAUGGCUCUACUGAGCACUAUCAAAAAUGAAUCAAUGAAAGAAGCUGCAGCACAAGGGGACCAGGUAGAUGAAAAUACUAGCUGUCUUGUCAAUCUCUUCCAAGAUGCUUCAGAUAUCAAUAAGGAAUCAUUGAAUCUUCAAGUUGCAUCCACUUAUGGUAAUGGUAGACUGGGAGAAUUCAUGGAAAAUGGCGACUUUGAGGAGGAGGAGGAUGAGGAGAGAGAUGAAGCGGAGAAAGAUGACCAGGAAGAGGAUGAAAUGGAUGAGGAGGUCAAAGAUGACAGCAGUGUGAUGUUAAAAUACUACAUGCUCUGACUGCCGUGGACUACCUGGGAGCUGAACAUUUCCUGACAUAGCUGCAGCUGUCUAUUGAUAGUUAUUAUCAACAGAACAUAUCUGCCUUUAAAAGGGGCUCAUUUGGGAUCACAUUGAAGCUUUUGAAAAAUGGGAGUUUCAUGAUCCUUGCAUGACGCACUCAAUUCCGGACACACCAAAUGACUUUGGAAAUUUAUCCUGCAAUAAAACUUAUCUGGUUUAUGAAUUUUUGUAUAACUUAAGUUUGUAAGAAAGGUGUGGAGGAUGAAUCUGGAGUUGUUGUUUUUUUCAAAAUUACUCAGGCCUAUUGAAUUCAACAGCAGUAAAUCUUUGUUACUAUUGAAUUCAUCAAAAGACUAAAUUCAUUUGUUUAAUUGUUACUAGUUGAGUUUUUUACCCAAUCAUUCAAAAUAAUGGAUGACUUAGCACAAGUAAUAUAUUUUGAUUAAUUGGUAAUGGUGUAUGAGAUACUGCCAGCAUACUAUUUUUUUAAUUAUUGUUCAUAAUGUUUAGUAUGAUGAAAAAGAUAGGACAAAUUGCAGUGUCAGAAUAUAGAAUAUAGAUUUUGAUAUAUUUUUUUAAAUAUAAAAUCUUAUAAUUUUUCUUCAGAUUAGUUCUUUUUAGAAUGGUGUCCUUUCUUUUAAAUGUUCACUUCUUAGGUAAAAUUUGAGAUACAUGUAAAGAGAGGAAAAUGAUUGAAAAAUAAAGUCAAAAAAGGUUUGGAGUAGUUUAGAUUGGAUCACAGGCUUAAACAUCUGAAACUAAUAUUUCCAAAUUGUUCAUUUGAUAUUUCAGAUGUGAACUUUUUUUUUUUUAUUCAUUGCUCUCUUACCUUUUUUUGUAUUAUUUUGUAAAAUUCUAUUUUAAAUCACUAUGAACUGGUAUUUAUGUAUUUUUUCAGUGUUAACUUAUUUUUAUUAUUUAAAACAAAACUAAAUGUGUUCAUCAAAGUUUCAUUCAAGUUUAUCAUUUUUCUUGCACACUAUCAAUUGUUUUGUUUACAUUUACCAAGCAGUUAACAUUAAACUAUGUUUUUCACAUUA